AUGUUUACACCGCGAUUCAGAAGCGCGCUCCGACCAGCGGCGCAAUGUCUCCAACAGCAACGUAACGAAGCUCUACGCCAGAACUGUCUCUCGCAGCGGAUGUGCCAGCGACGAUAUAAAUCAUCUCGGCCAUUCUGGAAGGCUUCCAAAGAGCUGUUCAGAGCAUAUCCUUUCUCCGUGUCCGGCGCUGUAUUUUUUAUCUUCUUUGGAGCUGGAACUCUCCUCUAUUCAAACUACAUCUACCACAACUACAUUAUCGGCGCCUUUCACAAGUACCCCGAGCCUGUCGCAAAACAGCUCCGCAAAGCCCUCUACUACACCAACAUCUCUCUCGAGCCCAAGAACGCCGUCAAAUACUAUCGUGAAGCCCUCCGCAUCGCUGACGAAGUCGGCAUGGACCCUUUUUCUGACGAGAUUAUCGGUGUCAAGGUGCAGAUUGCGGCGCUCAUGGAAAGGGUCCAGCAGUACAAAAAGGCGAUUGAUAUUUUGGAGAUUGUGAAAGCGGAUAAUCUGAAAUGGGUAGAGAGGUUUGGGAGUGUGAAGGGGAAUGAGGGGAAGAGGACGAGGAUAUUAGGGAAGACAGUAGGGGUCAGUGUUAAACUGGGGGAACUGUAUGCGAAUGAGUAUGUGUUGGAAAAGGAGAGCGCGGAGGAGAGGUUGGUGUGGGCGGUAGAAACUGUUUUGAAGGAGCAGCAGAGGAGGGAGAAAGAGGGUGUGAAAGAGGGAGAGGGAGACUGGCUCAGUGCUGAAGAGGUGGGUGGGAGUUUUGAAGCACUCGCACACCACUACGAGGAGAAGAACCAGCAUUAUCUCGCUGCUCCUCUAUUCCUCCAGGCUCUAACCCAGUCGCCACUAUCAAGCUGUCAUACUGUAGUACUAAUGAACAACCUCUCCAUCUCACUCGCACAACAAAUUUCUCCCUCUAACACGCCAACUAGCUCCCGGCCAACACUAAUAAAUAACGCCUGUCUAUGGGCCGAGAAAGCUAUAGCAGUAGCAGCAAAGAUUACGCCUCCCGACCGAACAGAAGAGUGUGAUGUUGGUUGUGCAGUAGCUACGCAUAAUCUGGGCGAGUUUGCAGAGAUGGAUGGAAAUGUGAAGGAGGCGAGAAAGAAGUACGAAGAAGCCAAGGCUUUAGCGAAAGCUAUUGGAUUUCAGGAUGGAGUGCAGAAUGCUGAGGCAGCGAUAAAAAGGGUGCAGGGGCUGGUGCAGUAG